AUGGCCCCGGCUCGGCGGGCGCCCACGCGCGCUCACACCCUCGCGGCGGCCGCGGCGCGAUCGCCGGGCCCUCCCGGCUCCCCGGGCCAAGUACACGCCGAGCUGGAGGACGCGCGCGGCGGCCGGGCGGGCCCCUCAACUCCUUGCCGGGGCGGAGCAGCCCAAGCCCGGAGGCUAUCGGCCCCGGUGCCCGCACAGUCCUGCGGAGUCGGGGAUGGCUCAGAAGGCAGUUUCUCCGACAGCGGCCCCGCCUGGGGAGAGCGGCUGCAGAGAAACCGCGCGCACCGCUUCAGGGCUGCCGAAGGCCACCCCUUCUCCUACAAGAAAUGGCUCCCCUGCAUCAGAGCCUCUCCGGGCACAGCCACGCGGCGCGCAGUCACGGCUCUCCUCCUCCCCGAGCUCGCGCGGCUGAGCCUCGCCUUUCGAUCGCAGUUACAGGGAGGAAACAAACUGGAAUGGACUCAGGCUGUGCUUUUUGGUGGAAGAUCUGUCCUACUGAGAAACAUGUUCGGGCGAUCCUGUCGGCAGAUCCUACCAGUCUUCCGUGUAGAUUUUACUUGCGCGGGCCGUGGCUGGCGCUCGAGGCGGGGCGGGUGGGGGUGUCCUUUCCCCAGUGUUUGGCUCCUCCUCCCGCACGACCAGAGCCAGCUUGGUCAGCGACGACGAUGCCCAGUUCCGCCACUGACCGGAACUGGCGCCGCUUGGACCCCGCCCUCUCGGGUCACUCCGACUCCCCCAUGGUGUGAACGUUGCGUGGACGCCGUAGCGCGCGCGCGCGCGCGCGCGCUGGGACCCACACUUCGGCGAGCACCGGACCUUCGCCCGCAAGCUGGACACCCCUCCCGGUCCCUGCAGGCGGAGGCCCCAUUUAGCGCGCAGCUGCUGGGUCUUUCUUCUGGAGGGCAGAGCGCGGGGGCCGGGAGCGGGGUGUGCGACGCGCGGCGGGAAGGAAAAGGCGCUGAGCGCAGGGAGGUUGACAAUUUGGUUGCACCCGAAUCCUCAAACGUCCCUUCCCCGGGGACCGCAGAUAAGCGAACGUGCCUUGGUGCCCCCACUCGCGCGGAGAAGGCAGAAAGGCUGCGGUGUGCGGAGGCGCCCCGGGGUGCCAGGAGCCCUUGCCAAGGGGCGCGGCCUACGCUCCUGAUGAUUUGGCCCCCAGCAGCUGGAGGAGGCGGCUUCAGGUCUGAGAAGGGAGCAUAUGGCAGGUGUCCCUUACAGUUCCUGCCUGGAAAGCAUGGACCCUGCAGGGACCAAGCUCAGAUGCUGGGCUCGUGGAAGUUACCUCUUCUUGAUGCCAAGUCCAACGCAGGCCCAGGGAUUCUCAGGACAGCUUCCUCAGCAGCGUUUCCAGAGUCAGGCAAGGGCUCCCCAGCUGACAGCCCAUUGUGCUUGAUGAGGCUCGUGACACUGCCUGGAGGACUGGAGAUCCACUCAACUCUGUAUCCCAGCUGAGAGGAAAACUGGCCAUGGGUGAAUACUGGACAGCUGUUCCAGAUUACCUAUGGAAUUGAUCAACUUCAGCUAUGGAAAUUUAAAUGUUCUCAUCGGCUUCUUUGUCUCUGUGACCAAAAGAGCUGACAAGAACAACAUAGAGGAGGAAGUUCAUUUUAGCUCAUUGUUCUAGAAGUCUUCAGUCCAUAGACCCUGGACUCCACAACCCUGGGCCCAAGGUGUGGCAAACAUCAUGGUAGAAGGCCUUGGAAGAGGAGAGCAGCUCAGAAUGUGGCAACCAGGAAGCAGAGAGUUCUGCUCACUACAAAAUAUACACCCCAAAGGCAUGCCCCGAUGACUCUCCUCCAGCCACACCCCACCAUUUAGUUACCACCUCGUGAACUCAUAGCAGUGGAUCAAUCCACUGUGCAGUCACGGCUCUCAUAAUCCUUUCACCUUUGAACAUUCUUGCACUGUCUUACAUAUGAGCUUUUGGGGAAUACCAUAUCCAAACCUUCAACAUAAAUACUAUUGCCCUUUCAGCUGCAAAAUAAAAACAGUU